UGGAAGGAACAAGAAAGGGCCGAGGGCGGCAAUGCUCCGCGCCACUGUUAGUUGUUUGGUUUCCUCCGCCUGUUCCCUGAGUCCGCGAAGGCGGGGCGAGUUUUUCACAGGCUGUCCCUUUCUCCGCAGGAAUUUCCACCCUGCCCGCCCGGAAAACGUCCGAGCAGCAAACUCUCCAGGCGGAGCUGGAACUCCAAACAUUCCUCCUCCCUCAUCUUGAUAUGGCGGUGGUGGGUGAAGACCCCACCAUAUUUACCACGGAUGCUCUGCCUUCUGACACCAGACUCCUCCCAACGAUGACCAAUGCCUAUCUGGGGACCCGAGUCUACAGGGACAUCCUUCAUGUCAAUGGGGUGUACAAUGGAGCAGUUGGGCAGACACAUCGGGCUGAUCUCCCCAGUCCUGUGAAUGUCAGGAUGGACGUGGAUGGAGCCAACGACCUGAGGGAGACCUUCUGUUUGGACACCAGGACAGGGACCUACAUCCACACCGCCCAGUGCUCAGAAUAUACAGCUACUCACACAAUCUAUGCCCACCAGUCUCUUCUCCAUCUUCUGGCCUUCAGCAUAACCAUCUCAAGGUCAGCUCUUGAAACUAAACCCAUCACAGUGAAUCUCCACACCCAGUUCACGCCAGAGAGUCCAGACCUGGACUUGCAGAAAGGGCCAGAUUUCCUGGGAGCUCACUAUCUGUAUGGAAAGACAUUGGUCCCAGAAGUAGAAGGUGGCCCCCAGCCUACUGUACACAUGGUCUGGACCCCAGUGCCCCAAUCAGUGACCCUCCCUGGAGAAAAGAAGGAGCAGAGAUGGGAGUUCCUCACUGCCAUAGCAGAGACUGAAGAGGAUGUGCAGAGGACCUUUUGUGAAGGAAUGUCCCUGAUUGGAUCUGGUUCCUUACAUUUGUCUCACGUCCAGGCAUGGGCAGCGCUCUGGGAAGGCUGCUGUGUAGAUGUGGAGGGGCCUCUUCCCUUCAGCCAGGCCAUUUAUGGCUGCCUCUAUUACCUGCUCAGUGCCAUUCCUCCUCUGGGCUCUGCUAACUUCCCAUUCUCUGGAAUCAGCCCAGGAGGCCUUUCCAAUGGCACAUCUGGGGAAGACUACUGGGGCCACGUCUUCUGGGACCAGGAUACUUGGAUAUACCCAAACAUCUUGCUUUUCUAUCCAGAAGCAGCUUGUGCAAUCCUAAAAUACAGGAUCCGAACACUAGAGGGAGCUCAACACAAUGCAUGGGAACAAGGAUAUAAGGGUGCAAAGUUUCCUUGGGAGAGUGCAGCAACAGGCCGAGAGGUCUGCCCUGAGAAAAUUUAUGGAGAUGAGGAGAUCCACAUCAAUGGAGAUGUGAUGCUGGCUUUUGAGCAGUAUUUCUACAUCACUCAGGACUUGAAGCUCUUUCAGCAGGAAGGUGGCUGGGACGUAGUCCAGGCUAUCGCUCAGUACUGGUGCAGCCGAGUGGUGUGGAACUCUGAGGAAGAGAACUAUUACAUUGUUGGUGUUAUGCCCCCAGAUGAGUAUCACUGCAGUGUCAAUAAUUCUGUCUAUACAAAUGCUGUUGCCCAGAGGAGCUUGAACUUUGCAAUUGACUUGGGCUCCCAGUUGCAUUUUCCUGUCCCUGAAGAAUGGAAGGAAAUUAUGAAGAAACUUAAAGUGCCUUUGGAUAAAAGCAGAUGCUACCAUCCAGAAUAUGAUGGGUACUGUCCAGGUGAGGGAUUCGGAAGAAGAAACCAAGGUGAGCCAGUGAAACAAGCUGAUGUUGUCUUGCUUGGGUUUCCUGUCGUGUACCCUAUGGACCCAGAAGUCAGAAGGAAUGAUCUAGAGAUCUAUGAGCCUGUGACUGAUCCUCAGGGGCCAGCCAUGACUUGGAGCAUGUUUGCUGUUGGCUGGUUGGAGCUGAAGGAAAUCAAAAGAGCACAACAACAAAUGAGCAAAUGUUUCAGCAACAUCACCGAGCCAUUCAAGAUCUGGGUGGAAAAUUCUGAUGGAUCAGGAGCUGUAAACUUCUUGACCGGGAUGGGUGGAUUUCUACAAGCCAUCUUUUUUGGAUAUGCUGGGUUCAGGAUCUCCAGAAGCUGCCUGAAGUUUGACCCUGUUUAUCCUGAUGACAUAAAGCAACUGAACAUUACUGGAGUGUGCUACUUAGGAAACAAGCUGAAUUUCACCCUCACCAAAGAGAAAACCACCAUCAAAAUGACCAGGUCUUCUCCUGAUUUACAGUUAUCUGUUCUGGAGGUGGUACUGGCUGAAACAGGAGAGCAUCUGUCCUUAAAAGAAGGACAAAGUGUCUCCUUCUUUACAACUGCUGGUUGGAUUCAGAAAGCAUCUAUUGAGCCAUUUUAAAUCCAUCUUAUUGUAACUUUAUGCACAUAUGAAAACUAUUAAAGAGUUGAUAAUUUUCUUAUUUAUUUCACGUUAUUAUUGGCAUAUUACAGAGACAUGAUUCAUUUGUAAAGUUCAGCAGUAUCACUGGAUAAAUUUUUCUUUUAAUCAGUACAUAAUGUUAUAUUAUACAGCCUGAAAUAAUGCAAGUUGCAUGGAUACUUAAUGAAAAAUGUAUGCCUAUGCUUUUGUCUUUAAUACUGUUGAUGUGUUGUUGCCAUCAAACUGGGUGUCAAACAUUUAUAUCAUUAUUUGUACAACAUAAUUCUUGCAUGUUUAUUUCCCUUUUUGCAAUAAUAUAAUAAUUCACAUCAGAAUUAUAAGGUACAAUAUUAUUAUGCUAGCCAAAUUACCACAGUAGAUGAGUUUGUAAAUAACUGGAGCUAUAUAAGCUAUUUCCAUUUCUUUGGUAAUAUAUUUGUGAAGGCCCUUCUUGUGGUUUUCAGUAUUUCCAGUUUAUUUUUCCUUGUG